UGCUGUGGGCGCCGCUGCCGAGCCGCGCAGCUCAGCCAGCAGAUCUCCUGAAGGUCCUGGACUUCCACACCUUGCCGGAUGGAAUAACGAAGACCACCGGGUUCUGUGCGACGCGACGAUCCUCCAAGGGCCCGGAUGUCGCCUACCGCGUCACCAAAGACGCGCAGCUUAGCGCACCCACCAAGCAGCUGUACCCUGCAUCUGCGUUUCCCGAGGACUUCUCCAUCCUGACCACUGUGAAAGCCAAGAAAGGCAGCCAGGCCUUCCUGGUUUCCAUCUACAACGAGCAGGGCAUCCAGCAGAUCGGGCUGGAGAUGGGCCGCUCGCCGGUCUUCCUCUACGAGGACCACACGGGGAAGCCUGGGCCCGAGCAGUACCCUCUCUUCAGGGGCAUCAACCUGUCGGAUGGCAAAUGGCACAGAAUUGCCCUCAGUGUCCACAAGAAGAAUGUCACCUUGAUCCUCGACUGCAAAAAGAAGACCACGAAGUUCCUCGACCGCAGUGACCACCCCAUCGUGGACGUCAAUGGCAUCAUCGUGUUCGGCACCCGGAUCUUGGACGAGGAAGUCUUCGAGGGUGACAUCCAGCAGUUGCUCUUCGUCUCAGACCACCGGGCGGCUUACGAUUACUGUGAGCACUACAGUCCCGACUGUGACACCGCCGUCCCCGACACCCCCCAGUCUCAGGACCCCAACCCAGAUGAAUAUUACCCAGAUGGAGAGGGCGAUGGCGAGACCUAUUACUAUGAGUACCCCUACUACGAGGACACUGACGACCCGGGCAAGGAGCCCGCCCCGACCAGCAAGCCGGUGGAAGCCGCGAGAGAAACCACAGAGAUUCCCGAGGACCCGACCCUGCCCCCCACAGCAGCUCCUACAGUGCCUGAUGCUGUGCCUGAUUCUGUGCCCGAUUCUGUGCCCGAGACCAGCGAACAGACUGCUGGGGAGGAGGACCCCAACAUCGGGGACUACGAGUAUGUGCCCAUAGACGAGUACUACACCUCCCCGUAUGAGGACCUCAACUACGGCGAGGGCAUGGAGAACCCCGAGCAGCCCACUGACCCCAACGCCGGGGCCGAAGUCCCGACAAGCGCCACGGUCGCCUCCAACACCUCCAACCCGGCUCCGUCCCCAGGGGAAGAGAAUGAUGACCUGGACAGUGAGUUCACAGAGGAGACCAUCAAGAACCUAGACGACAACUACUACGACCCUUACUUCAACCCCGACUCCGACUCAGACGGCUCCCCGUCGGAGAUCGGGCCUGGCAUGCCUGCGAACCAGGACACCAUCUACGAGGGGAUUGGAGGACCGCGGGGCGAGAAGGGUCAGAAGGGAGAGCCGGCCAUCAUCGAGCCGGGCAUGCUCAUCGAGGGGCCGCCCGGCCCGGAAGGACCCGCUGGUCUUCCAGGACCUCCAGGAACAACGGGUCCCACUGGCCAAGUGGGCGACCCCGGAGAGAGGGGCCCCCCUGGACGCCCUGGCCUCCCUGGGGCCGAUGGCCUGCCUGGCCCACCCGGAACCAUGCUCAUGCUGCCGUUCCGCUUCGGAGGUGGCGGAGAUGCGGGCUCCAAAGGCCCCAUGGUCUCCGCCCAGGAGUCCCAGGCCCAGGCCAUCCUCCAGCAGGCCAGGCUGGCACUGAGGGGACCAGCUGGCCCGAUGGGGUUGACGGGGAGACCCGGCCCCAUGGGCCCUCCUGGCAGCGGAGGUCUGAAGGGCGAGCCGGGCGACAUGGGGCCUCAGGGUCCCCGAGGUGUGCAGGGCCCACCCGGCCCAUCAGGGAAACCCGGAAGACGGGGCCGGGCUGGGAGUGACGGAGCGAGAGGCAUGCCUGGACAAACAGGCCCCAAGGGUGACCGCGGCUUUGACGGCCUGGCUGGGUUGCCUGGGGAGAAAGGCCACAGGGGUGACCCUGGUCCUUCUGGCCCUCCGGGACCCCCAGGAGAGGAUGGAGAAAGGGGUGACGACGGGGAAGUCGGACCCAGAGGGCUGCCGGGGGAGCCGGGGCCACGUGGUCUGCUUGGGCCAAAGGGGCCUCCGGGCCCUCCGGGACCUCCCGGUGUGACGGGUAUGGAUGGUCAACCAGGCCCAAAAGGAAACGUGGGCCCCCAGGGAGAGCCCGGACCCCCGGGACAGCAGGGUAACCCUGGUGCCCAGGGUCUUCCGGGCCCCCAGGGUGCCAUCGGUCCUCCAGGAGAGAAGGGUCCUUUGGGUAAACCAGGCCUCCCAGGAAUGCCCGGCGCUGACGGACCCCCGGGGCACCCUGGCAAGGAAGGCCCUCCCGGAGAGAAAGGAGGCCAGGGUCCACCUGGCCCCCAGGGUCCCCUCGGCUACCCAGGCCCUCGAGGAGUCAAGGGGGCGGACGGCAUCCGCGGGCUGAAGGGCACCAAGGGUGAGAAGGGUGAAGAUGGCUUCCCCGGGUUCAAAGGCGACAUGGGCAUCAAGGGCGAUCGGGGGGAGAUUGGCCCACCUGGUCCCAGAGGCGAAGAUGGCCCUGAAGGCCCGAAGGGCCGUGGCGGUCCCAAUGGAGACCCUGGUCCCCUGGGACCCCCUGGGGAGAAGGGCAAACUCGGAGUCCCAGGCUUACCCGGGUACCCAGGAAGACAAGGGCCGAAGGGUUCCAUUGGAUUCCCGGGAUUCCCUGGUGCCAACGGAGAGAAGGGUGGCCGGGGGACACCUGGAAAGCCUGGACCACGGGGACAGCGAGGCCCAACGGGCCCGAGGGGUGAAAGAGGUCCACGGGGCAUCACGGGGAAGCCUGGCCCCAAGGGCAACUCUGGAGGUGAUGGCCCUGCCGGCCCUCCUGGUGAGCGGGGACCCAACGGACCCCAAGGACCCACGGGCUUCCCUGGACCAAAGGGUCCCCCAGGUCCCCCAGGCAAGGACGGGCUCCCUGGACACCCUGGGCAGAGAGGCGAGACUGGCUUCCAAGGCAAGACCGGGCCCCCGGGGCCCCCAGGUGUGGUUGGCCCUCAGGGUCCUACGGGAGAAACAGGCCCAAUGGGCGAACGUGGCCAUCCUGGGCCUCCCGGCCCUCCUGGUGAACAGGGACUCCCAGGCCUUGCCGGCAAAGAAGGGACGAAGGGCGACCCAGGCCCGGCUGGCCUCCCUGGGAAGGACGGCCCCCCAGGCUUACGCGGCUUCCCUGGGGACCGAGGGCUCCCUGGUCCGGUGGGAGCCCUUGGGCUGAAAGGCAAUGAAGGCCCCCCAGGCCCGCCGGGCCCCGCGGGGUCUCCCGGGGAGAGAGGUCCUGCUGGUGCUGCUGGGCCCAUCGGCAUUCCAGGGCGACCCGGGCCUCAGGGACCGCCAGGGCCGGCUGGAGAGAAAGGGGCUCCGGGCGAGAAAGGCCCACAAGGCCCGGCUGGCCGAGAUGGGCUCCAGGGUCCCGUGGGGCUUCCGGGUCCGGCUGGCCCCGUGGGUCCCCCCGGCGAAGAUGGAGAUAAGGGAGAGAUCGGGGAGCCGGGACAGAAGGGAAGCAAGGGAGACAAAGGCGAGCAGGGACCCCCUGGGCCCACGGGUCCUCAAGGCCCCAUUGGACAGCCAGGCCCCUCUGGUGCAGACGGGGAGCCGGGCCCCCGUGGCCAGCAAGGCCUCUUUGGGCAGAAAGGAGACGAAGGUUCCAGAGGUUUCCCUGGGCCACCAGGGCCCGUGGGGCUCCAGGGCCUGCCGGGACCUGCGGGCGAAAAGGGCGAGACAGGAGACGUGGGCCAGAUGGGCCCGCCCGGUCCCCCUGGCCCCCGAGGACCGUCUGGAGCUCCAGGUGCUGACGGGCCUCAAGGUCCCCCAGGUGGAAUCGGGAACCCCGGUGCCGUGGGUGAGAAGGGGGAGCCUGGCGAAGCUGGCGAGCCUGGCCUUCCCGGAGAAGGGGGUCCUCUGGGACCCAAAGGAGAAAGAGGAGAGAAGGGAGAGGCUGGCCCCUCGGGAGCUGCCGGACCCCCUGGACCCAAAGGCCCUCCCGGAGAUGACGGCCCCAAGGGCAGCCCUGGCCCAGUGGGUUUUCCUGGCGAUCCUGGCCCCCCUGGAGAGCCUGGCCCCGCGGGUCAAGAUGGUCCCCCUGGUGACAAAGGAGAUGAUGGUGAACCUGGACAGACGGGAUCCCCGGGCCCCACUGGCGAGCCUGGUCCGUCCGGGCCCCCGGGAAAGCGGGGCCCCCCAGGCCCCGCGGGCCCCGAAGGCAGACAGGGGGAGAAAGGAGCCAAGGGAGAAGCUGGCUUGGAAGGCCCUCCUGGGAAGACUGGCCCCAUUGGCCCACAGGGGGCCCCUGGGAAGCCUGGGCCCGACGGCCUGCGCGGGAUCCCCGGCCCCGUGGGCGAGCAGGGUCUCCCUGGAUCCCCAGGCCCAGAUGGGCCACCCGGCCCCAUGGGUCCCCCAGGACUCCCCGGCCUCAAAGGAGAUUCUGGACCCAAAGGUGAAAAGGGUCACCCAGGCCUGAUCGGACUCAUCGGCCCACCCGGAGAGCAGGGUGAAAAGGGUGACCGAGGUCUCCCGGGGCCCCAGGGCUCCUCUGGCCCUAAAGGAGAGCAGGGUAUCACUGGUCCUUCCGGCCCGAUCGGGCCCCCUGGCCCCCCAGGCUUGCCGGGUCCGCCAGGUCCUAAAGGUGCUAAAGGCUCCUCGGGUCCCACCGGCCCGAAGGGUGAGGCAGGCCAGCCAGGACUCCCCGGGCCUCCAGGCCCUCCGGGCGAGGUCAUCCAGCCCCUGCCGAUCCAGGCCUCUCGGACGCGGCGGAACAUUGAUGCCAGCCAGCUGCUGGAUGACACAGCAGGUGAGAGCUACAUGGACUACGCGGACGGCAUGGAGGAGAUCUUCGGCUCACUCAACUCACUGAAGCUGGAGAUCGAGCAGAUGAAGCGACCGCUGGGCACGCAGCAGAACCCUGCGCGCACCUGCAAGGACCUGCAGCUCUGCCACCCCGACUUCCCUGACGGUGAAUACUGGGUGGACCCCAACCAGGGCUGCUCCCGGGAUUCCUUCAAAGUCUACUGCAACUUCACGGCCGGAGGGGCGACCUGCGUCUUCCCCGACAAGAAGUCCGAGGGGGCCAGGAUCACUUCUUGGCCCAAAGAAAACCCGGGUUCCUGGUUCAGUGAAUUCAAGCGUGGUAAACUGCUCUCUUACAUGGACGCCGAAGGCAACCCAGUGGGCGUGGUACAGAUGACCUUCCUGAGGCUGCUGAGUGCCUCUGCCCACCAGAACAUCACCUACCACUGCUACCAGUCAGUGGCCUGGCAGGAUGCCGCCACGGGCAGCUACGACAAGGCCAUGCGCUUCCUGGGCUCCAAUGAUGAGGAGAUGUCCUACGACAACAACCCCUACAUCCGCGCCCUGACGGACGGCUGCGCGACCAAGAAAGGCUAUCAGAAGACGGUGCUGGAGAUAGACACCCCCAAAGUGGAGCAGAUACCCAUCGUGGACAUCAUGUUCAACGACUUCGGCGAGGCAUCACAGAAAUUCGGAUUUGAAGUGGGGCAGGCUUGCUUCAUGGGCUAGGAGCCGCCGCCCGCAGCACCCUGGUCUCCCAGCAACCUCGUGACCUCAGCACGCCCCUUGUGAAUGUCCCGUACACCAUGUGCCGUCACCCCAGACAGCGAAGGUUUCUCGCACCCCUCCUGCUCGACUUCAUCCGCGCCCUGUGCCCUGGCACUAUGCCGUGCCGGACCCUGAGCACCUGGAAAGCAGACGGGGAGAGAGCCGUGUCCCCACUGGAGCCGAAUCACAUGACCUAGCUGCACACAGCCUCUCGGGCCACACCAUGUUCCGUCUACACCGUGCGCCUUGGGGAGGGAGCCGGCCACCGCCCUGGCCCCUUGCUAGCUUUUCCGCCGAUGGACCGCAUCAUGGACAGUUGGCAAGGGCGGGGGUGGGCGGCAGUAUUUGGAUAUCACUUUCUUUUUUAAUUCAACUUGAAGAUGUGUAUUUCCCCUGACCUUCAAAAAAUGUGCCAAGGCCAGCCCUGCAAAGGUCGCCAAAGCCUCUGCUUUAACAACCCUCAACACGAUCCAUGUAGAGGCCAAAUGUCGUUCUGCAUGUGCCUUUCCGAUGGAUUAAAGGUGCUUAUGUUUUUGUGAGUUUUAAGUAAAUAUUUGUAUUGUAUUGUUAUAAAUGUUAAGUGUGCCUGACUUUCAAUCGUGCGUGGAAACUCAGUCUCAGGCCUGCCGGGAGACCGGGACGGUGGGGAGAAGCAUCCUAUCUGGGUGUGUCUUAUCCUCUUUAGAAGUAAGAAGUCGCCCCACCCUGCCCCCCCCUCAAGAAUAUGCAACAUAUUGGAAAUUUGCCCAGGUCAGCAAGAAGCGGUGCUGCCAGAGAAAAAGCAGGUGCCAGACCCCUUGUCCAGGCCAGUUUUUUCUUUUAUUAUUAUUAGAUCUGGACUUCUUUUUUUGCCUAUGGGGAAGAAAAAGGAAUCUGAUACUCUGCUUUUUCUACUCACACUUAGGUUAAGACGCAGGCUUCAGUUCAUUUUGAUUGCUUCCUUUUUCCAUUUUCCUUCCUGCAGAGCCCAGGCAGGGAACCACGUUUUCUGUAACUGAUAAUUAAGUGAAACUUGGUGCUGAUUUUUUACACUUCUCUUCUGUGGUGCUACGUCUGAAGACCUUGGAGAAGGCAGCACUGGGGGCCCCCGGCCGUGCCUCCUCCUCCCGGCUUCCUGCGCCGGGGCAUUGACUCCUCGAGCUGAGUCUUUGCCAGGGACUGCAUAAGAGAUGUCACCUCCCCUCCCGGCGGGCGCGGGAGCCACCGGGUGCUCAUUCUUGGUGGAAUCUGCUCCUGAGACCCAUUGCCAGUCCUGGGUUCUGUGGACUUGACCUGAAAACACACACGCGUGCACAGUAAAGACUUCCUGCAUCCGCCAUGGUGUGACCUUCGCCGAUUGUGUUCGUGGGACUGACUUCUGUCUGUUCCACAAACUGAGCUGAAGCCGUUCGGCUGCCCUGUGAGGUCUCAGCCGGAGACGGCCUUGCAUGCAGAUCAAGAAAUGUGCAAUGAACCCUGGGUGUCUCCGGGUCUGGCUGAGCGGGACUUCCUUCCCCCAGAAGCAACUGAGUUUCCAGCUGCAGAUGCCCGGGCACUCGAGCUCAGGCUGGUACGGUCCCCACUGGGCCUCGCCCCUUGUCCUCGCUGUGCUGAGAGAGGGACCGCCCUUGUGGAUAGUGCACCCCAGGCCAGCCAGCAGUCCGUGUACUGUGAAACGUGCCCUGCCACGCCCCUACCUUCACCACGGGGACGCAAUGCUGGGAGUGGGCUGACCCCCAUGGGGCGCAGCUCAGGAAACCACAGCACAGCACCCCCGGAGUAACACCACCACCGAGGCCGACUCCCCACGUCUCCCCGGAGAACAAGUCACUCUUGCCAAAGAAAAGCCUGGCCUGGGGACUCUCAAAGCCAGGACACCAGCGUGCACCGUGCUCCUCUCCUUGGGAGGAAAGCCAUAUCGGAGAACUGUUGUGCGAUGCCCUGUGGAUUUUGUCUAGGUCAUGUGAUUCUGUUUCACCUCGCCCCAUCAGAUUUGUCCUUUUAUUUGUCAUUUUCUGUGGGUCCCCUCAAAGUUGUUGUAAUUCGUGAUGAAGUCCAAAAUGUGUCCUGUUCUCCCCCAGUCCAUUUUAACUACGGUAUAUUGCAAUAAAAUCACUUCUUAUAAUUGCAGACUCUUUUCUGGUGUAAUUUUAUUUUUUUCUCCAUAUAUAUAUAUACACAUAUAUUUGGGCAAAUGUGGAUGAAAAGGAAAAAGCACAAAACCCUUGAUAAAGAUUCUAGGCCACUGGGCCCUUUGAAAUUCAGUGCCAAAGGACACAUUGUUUGUAUCCUAAACGUCCGAAGACGUGUCACACAUUUGAAGUGUCACGCCCACGAAAGGGGUGUCUUAAGAUAUUUUACACCUGUGUAACAGAGGCUCAUUGUAAUCGUUUUUCAAUAAAUCGAGUUCGCUGUUUCCACCAUAA